AUGCGCAUACAAUUCACACUAGUUUACACGUGUUCGCCCUCUGGCACCGUUUCACUUGUAGGUGCAGUUUUAGAUAUUUAUACGAUGCAGUUACUGCAGGUACAAAUAUAUAACUCUAUCUAUCUAUCUAUCUAUCUAUCUAUCUAUCUAUCUAUAUGGAGUAUCUAUCUAUCUAUCUAUCUAUCUAUCUAUCUAUCUAUCUAUCUAUCUAUCUAUCUAUCUAUCUAUCUGCGUACCCGUGUUGAUUUCUAUGUCAACUAUCUAUCUAUCUAUCUAUCUAUCUAUCUAUCUAUCUAUCUAUCUAUCUAUCUGAUUGUUUGUCUGUCUCUAUCUCUGUCUGUCUGUCUCUCUAUCAGUCUGUCUGAUUGUCUGCUUGUCUAUCUAUCUAUCUAUCUAUCUAUCUAUCUAUCUAUCUAUCUAUCUAUCUAUCUAUCUAUCUAUCUAUCAACGAGUGGGUUCCAUAUAACUCAAGAAGCCAUUUACUGCAAAAAAAAAAAAAAAAAAAAAAUUCUGAUGUUGGGUGUUUCUGUCAGAUUUUGUUAA